AUGUCUGAUAUGAAAUUGAUUAAAGAUUAAAAAAAGUACUUUUAAAAGAUAGGAUGGAUAAGAAAAAAAAAGGAAAUAAGUAAAUAUAUGGAUUAAGUUGCUAAAGAGGAUUUAUAUUAAAGUUUAAAAAAAACAGAUGUAAUUCUAAUAGGCAUAAGGACAUACUUACCAAUCUAACAUUUGGAAAGUUAAAAUAAACAAAUAUUCAAGGAAAUUGGAUAAAUUUUUUAUUAUGAGAUGAGAUUAUUAGUUACUAAAGAGUUCAAGUUUAACUUAUUCAAAAAGGGUUGUAAUAGAGAAAAAUGUUUAUUUUUUUUAUGUAACUCUUUAUUCUAAUAAUAUAAGGUUUAGAAAUCUUGAGAUAAACAUUGUCAAUUCAAUUGGUACUACUUUAAAUUUUUUUGAGUUUUAGAAAAGACUUAGAGAAUUGA